CUCAACCCUCGAUUCUCUCUAUUCAAUUCAACUCAAUACUCUACUCCCCAAUUCCCCUUCAUUCUCACCUACCUAGGGUUUUAUUUUUAUUCUCUCUCCUCCCUAAUUCACCUUCUUCGGAAAUUCAUCCUACGUCAUUGAAUUUCAGACUUCAUUUGAUUUUCUUGGGUACAGGGGAAAGAGUCCCUUUCUUGACCUGUGUUGGUUGCCUUAGGAAGGUUAACGACUUGAUGUCGAGUUCUGGGAAUAACUUAAACAGCAGCAGCACAAGUGGGAUAACUUCAUCGGAUAUGCCACCUUUGCCUCAGUGUUUGCCGCUAGAUUCGAUUUCAGUAGGCAAUCAAAAAUAUACAGGAGAGUUAAGGAGGGUUCUUGGUGUUUCUGUUGGAAACACUUCAGAAGACCAUUCUUUUGGAGAUAAACAUCCUAAACCAAUGGGUCCAGGAGCCUCAGGGGAGUUAAAGCACUUAAAAGAAAGUGUUCAAGAUGCCUCCAAAAAGGCUAGGGAUAGAUCAAAAAUGUUUCGGGAAUCUAUAUCUAAAUUGGACAAGUAUAGGGAGGCCUUAAACUCAAAGAAGCGGCAAAGGUCUGAUUUAUCAAGUGACAGGGGAAGUGGAGUAAACUUAACGAAGACAAGUGGCCAGAUUCACAAAACCCCGAAUGAUAAUCUGAUUCAUCAGAGAGAAGUCAAGACCUCAAAUUCAGUGAUGAACAAGCGAAUUCGUACGUCGGUGUCAGACAUGCGGGAGGAAAGUAGGUCUGCUGCUAUUGGAAGACAGCAGAUGCUCACCGAGAAGGAUGGAAAUCUAAUUCAGACACUUGGCGGGGGAUCUGAUCGGAAUGAAGAGAAAACUUGCAGAUUACUUGCUGGUGGUGAGGGAUUAGAUCAAAAAAUAAAGAAGAAGAGGUCUGUUGGAACAGUAGGAAACAGAAUUAUAACUGGGGAAAGGGACGUAAAACGAGCUAGUCUUCCAAAGGGAAAUGCUGAUUCGAAGAUGCGACUUUAUGAUGCUCAGGGUUUCAGAUUGAAGUCACUUCCUGGAUCUAGUGGAAUCAAUAAGUCUGAGGGCUCUUCAGAUUCUAAUAAUACACGUUUGAUGCUUACUGGUGAACAAGGUGUUUCUCUUCACAGGGACCACAUAUCUGAUCAGAGAGUUGUAGCAAAAGGAAACAACAGAGUAAACACUCAAGAGGACCCAGCAAUCAGCCCUAGCACACCGAUUAAAAACAAGGUAUCUCGGGCACCAAGAACGGGGUCAGUUAGUGCGCUAGAGUUGUCUAACACUCAACCUCCAUCUGGAGGUUUUCCAGGGUCUUCUAUACAUCCAAUGACCCAGUGGGUUGGUCAGAGGCCACCUAAAAAUUCACGCUCACGAAGAGUGAAAGUAGUUCCUCCUGCCUCACGCAAUCUUGAAGUUCAAGUUUCAUCUGAAGGCUGUCUAACUUCUGAUUUCAGUGUUAAAGCUUCAUCUGUUGGCAACAACGGAUUUCAACGUGCUAGCAGUGUAGACAACAGCCCUCCAAAAUAUAAAAGACCGGCUGAUGAUAUCUCAUCUCCCUUUGGAUUAUCUGAAGGUGAAGAAUCUGGAGCGGGGGAAUAUAAAAUAAAAGAGAAAGGAGUAAAUGGCAGUGAGUUUGCUAUGGUUGCAGCUAAGGAUGGAGUACCAAUCAGGAAGAAUAAAAUACCAACAGAUGAAUCAGGAGAUGGUGUGCAGAGACAAGGAAGAACUGGAAGGAAUUUAUCGUCAAUAAGGCCAGGUCUUCCAUUACGGAGAGAAAAGUCUGCGAAUCCACCUAUACUAAAGCCAGUACAGGACACGCGGCUUAAUGAUAAGAAUAAAACCAAAUAUGGGCGCCCUCCUUCAAAAAAGCAGAAAGAACGCAAGGUUUUGACUCGUGUAGGGAAGCAACUAAACAUUGGUUCAUCUGAUUUUGGAGGUGAAUCCGAUGAUGAUCGUGAAGAAUUGUUUAAGGCUGCUAAUGCUGCUCUUAAUGCAAGCAAUCUUGCUUCGGGUUCAUUCUGGAAAAAAGUGGAGUAUAUUUUUGCUUCCAUCAGCUUGGACGAUGCAUCUUUCGUGAAGCAGCAGCUCAAUAUUGCCGACGAAUUGGAAAAAAGUUUAUCUCAUAUGUUUGCGCUUGAUCAUGAUAUGUUGGGUGUUGUUAUAAAUAACAAAACCACUCAAGGUUCAGAGGAUAGAAGGAGAAGCAACUUUGAUGAAGAAUCAACCAAAUUUGAUGGUGUAGGUGGGAGGAAUGACAUGGAAAGAGUAGACAAGGUUACUCCAUUAUUCCAAAGACUUCUUUGUGCUCUAAUUGAAGAAGAUGAAAAUGAAGAAUCAUACCACCAAAGCGAAGCAAAGAAUAUAUCUCGACAGUGUGCUAGUGAUGAUUCUCACUGUGGAUCUUGUAAUCAGGUUGAUUUUGAACCCAAAGACCGGGAUAGAAUUGAAUCUGAAGUUGAAUCAAACGUGGAUAUCCAAAUUCAGAAAAAUUGCAUAAUUGACCGACUAUCUUGUGAUAAGAGUACCACAUCCAACACAUUUAGGUACCCAAACACAUCCAGUUCUUUACAAAGCACUGGUGUUUGGCAGGGAGAUGAAGAAUUUUCCCUUUCUGAUAUCACUCAUACUGGCGAAAUAUGUUCAAAUGAUCUUGAUCAACUGCAGCCUGAAUUAAGUAAUCCUAGCUUUCCUUCUCCUGACGGCGAGUAUCAGCUGAUGUCUCUGGAUGAAAGGCUGCUGCUUGAGUUGCAGAGCAUUGGUUUAUAUCCAGAAAUAUUGCCUGAUUUAGCUGAGGAAGAUGAAGCUAUAAAUCAAGACAUUGUGAAACUUGAGAAAGCACUAUAUGAACAGAAUGGAAGGAAGAAGUACAAUUUGGACAAAAUUGAUAGAGCUAUUCUUAAAGGGAGCGACAUGGAAAGGCAGAAGAUUGAGCAAGCUGCAUUUGAUCAACUUACUGAAAUGGCAUACAGAAAGAGAUUGGCAUGCCGUGGAAGCAGAAAUUCAAAAAGUGCCAUUCAGAACGUUUCACAGCAAGUUGCUCUGGCUUUUCUUAAACGCACUCUUGGAAGAUGUAGAAGAUAUGAAGAAGCUGGGGUUAGCUGCUUUAGUGAACCUACUCUGCAAAAUAUUAUGUUUGGUGCACAACCUGCAGGUUGCAUUGUCUCUGGCACAGCCAGUAAUACAUGUAACAAAGCUUUGCAUCAAAUGGAAGUCAGAAAAUUAGGUGCAGUUUCUAGUGCUUCUGAGAAAUAUGAUGGUCAGAGGGAUUAUGCAGACAGGGGACUGGUUGAUUCUUUUCAAGGUUCAAUCCACUCAUCAGAACAAGUGUCAUCGAAGAAUGGGUCUGCGAUUAUCAAGGAGAAGAGCAGGGAAAUGCUGAUCAAUGGCGAUGUCAAUGGUUCUUCAAGAACAUCAAUUCCUGAUGGUGCUGUUCAUGGUGGAGUGAAGGGAAAGAGAAAUGAGAGUGUUUUCAACUUUGACACAAGAGAAGAUAACAUAAAAAUAAUAAUCACUUUUUUUUCAUGUUUGGUUUGAAUUUAGGAGAAUGAA